GCUACGAUGAGCAGUGCGAACUGGCGCAACGUUUUCACGUACAACAAGUACACCCAGAUCGCCGCGCGGGCCCUCCGCCAGUCGCUCAAGGAGAGCGAGCGUGUCACAGCUGAGAAGCGCGGCACGACCAUCCUGCGCUACCAGCAGUGGCAGGACGGCCAGGGUGGCCAACAGGUCUUCUUGAACCCGCCAGAGAAGACUGCCCCGAAGUCGGCAGCAGUAUAACGACGCUGCCCAGAUAGUGCCCGCGAAGGGUCGAUUGCAAAAUGGCGGAUAGGCGUUUCUUUGGGUGCAAGUGAUCUCGUCAUGCCCGUGCAUUUGCGCGUGUAGCUACAUUGUACAGUUUGCCUUGAACGUAAAUCUAAGCCUGCCGAGUUGCUGCAACCCC